AUGGGUGGAAAGACUGGAGGACAAGACCAAGCCUCCAGCGUCGCCCUGACAAUUGGAGUUUCUUCGAUUCAGCGUUGCAAUAUAAACUAUGCUGCAGUYAUUUUCGAUGACCUGGUGCAAAAACUGAACAAGCGUCAGCAAGAAAAGGUGCUUCUAUCUUCUCACUCUCCAUCUCUUGAAGGUCCUUCUUUAGCGCCUCAACGUUUGGACGAAGAAGAAGACGAGGACGAAGAAGAAAAGGAGUAUGAAGAAGAGGACUACAAAGAAGAUGACGAAGAUUAUGACAUGGCCUCUGAUGUCAAGCUUCUCCUUCCAGCCGUAGAUACCGUCUUCUGCAAGAUGAGGGAUGAUGAUCUUCCCAUCAUCUCUACACUUGUUGCUGGUGAUGAUGAUGAUGAAGAUGAUGAUGAUGACGAACCUGACCUUCCAGACUCCGGCAGUGACCUCGAUGGUGAUGAUGACGAUGAUGAUGAAGAUGACUUCACCAUUCAGUAUCAACGACCAACAAUUGCCAUCAAAGGAGUCGCCCUUAGGGAUUCUGCAUCCCAAGGGAAGCAAAGGGAAGAAGUGUCCGCCUCGUCAAAGAACUAG